AUGCGACAACGACUGAUUCGAAGCAUCAUUUUAUCUGUUGCACUAGUGUAUUAUCUUCGUUUGCCCACUGAAGAAGACCGCCAACAACAAAAUUUAGCAGAACCAACUCGAGAAGAGUUUUCAAGAGAUAUGUCACGCAUCCUACCAAAUUCUGGUUCAGCUGUUCAGAGCGAAAUGAUGGCCUACAUCACAACUGAAAAUUUUCUUUUUCCACCCGGUGUUGCAUUAAAUCAAGCUGUGAUUGUGCAUGUUUUUGUAAUUGUAGUAAGCGUCGCAACAAAGAUUCCUUUGUGCACCAUUGGAGCACCGGGACAGUCCAAAACACUCAGUUUUCAAAUUGUUUUGCAAAAUCUCCAGGGGUCACAACUUUCAUUAAAGCAAUUUUGUCAAAAAUUACCUGCAGGCGAUGCGUUCUUCUAUCUUGGGUCAAAAUACAGCCGUCCUGAAGAUAUUGUAGCAGUCUUUGAGCGUGCUAUAAAACGUGAACGACAUUACGAACAAAAUCAAAUUAACACACGAUGUGUCGUAUUCCUCGGUGAAACCAGUCUUCCAGAUGAGAAGAAAAUGGUUCUUAAAGUGCUGCAUCCAUACUUAGAUGAAUGUAAAGUUGUAUUUGUAGCCGUUUCGAACAAAUUAUUCGAUGCAGCUAAUGCCAAUAGGCGCAAAUGUUCUGUUUAG